CCAGAGCCCGUCCUAUUAGACAUUCUCUGGUCGAACUCGCCUAUUGAAUAUGUUCCGACUUUUAUUUUGAAGGAUUCGCGAAUGGGGCCAUAUUGGAAUUUUCUUUACUGUCGCUAUAGUGGACCUAGCCUACGUUUUUGUUGUUGUUAAUUUGAGAUCUGCGUAGAGCCACCAAUUCAUGUUGCCAUGCUUGGUAACUUUGCAAGCGCGAUGCAAAGAUCGGAUGGUCUUCUCCUCGUGCCUCUAACGCUUAUUGUCUCAGACUACGGAGGUCACCCCCGUUCAUCCUUGAUGGAUGAGAUCCAUCAACAUCUGGGUAUGAGUCACAAACAAGCCUGCAUCAACCUGGAAAAGGCCACUCAAUUCAUCACACAAGCAUUUCAGCAUGAAGUAGGUAGAAACCAGGAGCUCAGCAUGUUGAUUGGCCGUCUGGAGGAGAGGGAGGCGGAGUCUGAGAAGAGCCUGACGGAGCAUGUGCAGUCAAACCGACAGCUGACGCUGAAGAUUGAAGAACUACAGAAACUCCUACAGGAAAAAGACAACUCACUCACACAAGCCAAUCAGACUGUGGCUCUCCUGAAGAAUGAACUAAGGGAUGUUCAAAGCCAGCAGAGUAACCAUAGGCCAGUUCAGGAAGUAAAGGAAUGGCUGCAGAGCGGGGAGAGCCAGCUCAAGCAAAUGAAGACUCCCAGCUCUCCUCUCCAGUCAGACCAGCUGAGACCAGCUGAGGAGACACUGUUCUGGUCAGAACCGCCGAUCUCUACUAACAUCCAGAGUUCACUGGUCUCUUCUCAGGAGCCGAGUCCACUGGUGUCAUCCGAUGAAGAAAAUCCACUGGUCCGGUCUAAUGCUAAAAGUCAGCUAGUCUUGUUUGAUGGUCAGCCCUCUCAGUUGCUGGUCUGGACCGACUUUCAGGGUCCAGUCUCUGGGAUUAAAGAGGAAGAGGGCAGUGAUAGAGAUGAAGAUUACAGACAAUCUGUAGAGGGAACUGAUCCUAAAACAGAACAGACCAUUUCUUCAGCUGCAGACAUUAAACCUGAACUGCUGCAGGUACAAGAGAAGUCAAACAUGGCUCCAGUCCUGUGUUCCAAAACAGAUCUGUCCCCUUCAGACCAACAAGCUCUGGUCCAGUUAAGGACUGUGUCCGUGGUGCUGGUGGACUGUUGUAGAACACUGGGCCAGCAAAAGACAGACGACAGCAACAGAAAGCAGCCCAACACUCAAGCAUCAUCUCUCUCAUCCUCGGAGACCCCAGCAUUCCCCUCCAUGUCACAUACAGAGACAGAGAAAUCCAAAAAACACUCCUGUUCUGUGUGUGGUAGAAACUUCCACUUCCGGUCUCAGCUCAGGAAACAUCAUUAUGUCCACACAGGUAGGAGGCCACACUCCUGCUCCUUGUGUGGUAGGGGAUUCACUUCACUUAGCGAUCUCAAAAGGCAUCAGUACACCCACACAGGAGAGAGGCCAUUCCAAGUUUACCUGUAAAGGAAAUCUCAAAAUACACCAGUGGAUUCACUCAGGAGAAAGGCCUUACUCAUGUCCCCAGUGUGGCAAGAGUUUUGUGCGACGAGUCCAUCUGAAAGUCCAUCAGCACAUUCACACAGGAGAGAGGCCAUUCCUGUGCACUGACUGUGGUAAGACGUUUACCUAUGAAGGAGAUCUCAGAAAACACCAGCGCAUUCACACAGGAACAAAGCCAUUCCAGUGCACUGAUUGUAGUCAGAGGUUUACUUACAACGGAGAUCUCAAAAAGCAUCAGCAGAUUCACACAGGAGAGAGGCCGUACCACUGCGAUCAGUGUGGCAAGAGCUUCACUCGAGGGGACAGUCUUAAAAUACACCAGCGCAUUCACACAGGAGAGAGGCCAUUCCUGUGCACUGACUGUGGUAAGAAGUUUACCUGUGAAGGAAAUCUCAAAAGGCACCAACGCAUUCACACAGCAGAGAGGCCACAUUUUUGCACUCAGUGUGGCCAGAGUUAUUCUUCUCUUCAUUGUCUAAAAAAACACCAGAAUAAACAUUUCGGACAGAAUAUGUAGACUUGCCGUGAGAUAUACUAUUUCAAGUUCUGUGUUCCAGUUUUUCAACAGUUAUGUUUCUCCAUGUGUGUAGUCUGAUGUUUCUAUUAAAAGGUUUGAUUCCCGGCCCGUGGUCCUUUCCGGAUCCUAUCCUGACUCUCUCUCCCAUUCACUUCCUGACAUUCUCCACUGUCCUAUCCGCAUUAAAGGCAUAAAAAAGCCCCAAAAAAUACAUAAAUACAAAAAAAAGUGUAUGAAUGUAUUCAAAGCUAUUGCGUAUUUCAUGCCAAUACAUUAUUUCUCUGUAGGUGUGGUUGCAUGUAUGAAUUUUGUGGAGAGUUUUGCACAUGGUUUGUUUUGGUGAAUGUGUGUCAUCUAUUUGUUUUAUAGUAUCCCAGAAAUUCUGAACCCAAAUCUGAGCCUUGACAUUUGGAGUCUAUUCAUUUAGCUUUGGGACACACAUACACAUGAGCAAGCUAUUUAUUUAGCAUAGGCAUUCUUUUCCCAGCCAACAGCCAGACAUAAUAUUGACAUCUGGCCUGAUGAACAUGGCCAAGGAGAGAGGGGGCCCCUAAUUUCAGUGCUAUGCAAAGUCAGUCUUUAAGCAAAGUUCUUGUAAAUGAACCAAUGGCAUUACAUUUGUAUUUAGGAUCUUUUUCAUGGUAUUACAUUUGCAAAUAGAUAUGGCUUAGUUAUUAAGCAGGCUUCAGUUAGACUGGCCAGCAUCUAGAGUAGCGCCCACAGUAUUAUUCACAGCAAUCAGGAUUGUAUUCCAUGGUUUUGGAUGGUACCUUUGAAUUUCUUUGUUGUUCUCUAUCUGGCCCUACCCCAGCAACGUUGUGGCCUUGACCAGAGAGAGUCUACCAUGGUGGAACAACAUGUGCACUGGGCAUGUCAUGUCUAUGUACAACCCCAAAACAGAA